AUGGCUUCUCCCAUCGCUUCGGCGGCGCUCAAGGCCCGCGUCCAUCGCCCCUCCAUGCUCAAGAAGCUGUGCCAGCCCAAGGACCUGCUUCACCACUUCCCCAACGGUGCCACCAUCGGCUGGUCCGGCUUCACCGGUGUUGGCUAUCCUAAGAAGAUGCCCACUUUCCUCGCCGACCACGUCGAGCAGAACAAGCUCCAGGGCCAGCUCCGAUACACCCUCUUCGUGGGCGCAUCGUCGGGCGCCGAGACCGAGAACAGAUGGGCGAGCCUGGACAUGAUUGAGAGGCGGAGUCCCCACCAGGUCGGCAAGGCCAUCUCCAAGGGCAUCAACGAGGGCCGCAUCAAGUUCUUUGACAAGCACUUGUCCAUGUUCCCCGUCGAUCUCGUCUACGGCUUCUACACCAAGGACAGGCCCAAUGCCGCCCUCGACGUCGCCGUCGUCGAGGCUUCCGAGAUCAAGCCCGACGGUAGCAUUGUUCCCGGCGCGUCGGUUGGCGCGACGCCAGAGCUGAUCCAGCUGGCCGACAAGAUCAUUAUCGAGGUCAACACGGCCAUCCCUAGCUUUGACGGCCUGCACGACAUCACGAUGACCGACCUGCCGCCCCGCCGCAAGCCCUACCUGAUCAUGGGCGUCGAGGACCGCAUCGGCACCACCUCCAUCCCCAUCGACCCGGAGAAGGUGGUGGGCAUCAUCGAGUCCGACUACGCCGACCAGACCGCGCCCAACACCCCCGCCGACGAGGGCUCGGCGCGCAUCGCCGGCCACCUCAUCGAGUUCUUCGAGCACGAGGUCGCCCACGGCCGCCUGCCCAAGAGCCUGCUGCCCCUGCAGUCGGGCAUCGGCAACAUCGCCAACGCCGUCAUCGGCGGCCUCAACGAGUCCAACUUCAAGAACCUCAAGGUCUGGACCGAGGUCAUCCAGGACACCUUCCUCGACCUGUUCGACUCGGGCAAGCUCGACUUCGCGACGGCGACGUCGGUGCGCUUCUCGCCCGACGGCUUCAAGCGCUUCUACGACAACUGGGAGCGCUACUACGACAAGCUGCUGCUGCGCGCGCAGCAGGUCUCCAACAGCCCCGAGAUCAUCCGCCGCCUCGGCGUCAUCGGCAUGAACACGCCCGUCGAGGUCGACAUCUACGCCCACGCCAACUCGACCUGCGUCAUGGGCUCGCGCAUGCUCAACGGCCUCGGCGGCUCCGCCGACUUCCUCCGCUCCUCCAAGUACUCCAUCAUGCACACGCCGUCCACCCGCCCCUCCAAGACGGACCCGCACGGCGUCUCGUGCAUCGUGCCCAUGUGCACCCACGUCGACCAGACGGAGCACGACCUCGACGUCAUCGUCACCGAGAACGGGCUCGCCGACGUGCGCGGGCUGAGCCCGCGCGAGCGCGCGCGCGUCAUCAUCGACAAGUGCGCGCACGAGGUCUACAAGCCCAUCCUCAAGGCCUACUUUGAGCGCGCCGAGUCCGAGUGCCUGCGCAAGGGCAUGGGCCACGAGCCGCACCUGCUGUUCAACUCGUUUGACAUGCACAAGGCCCUGCUGGAGGAGGGCAGCAUGGCCAAGGACAUUUUCAUCACCCGAACUGCUACCAGACACUCACCUUCUCCAAAUCCCGACUUGAGAAUUGACUGCCCUCAUCAUACCUUUCGCUUCUCUCCUUUCCCUGUUACAGUACCGAACCAGUCUCGCCGUCUGCCUCCCGGAUCUGGCGACAUGUCUCGCCGCAGGAUUUCUCGGAAACAGUGCCCGGUUGAAGAGGAGGAGGAGGUAGAUGAAGAUUACGACACGAUAAAGAAGCGCUUCCAGACAUUCCCUGCAUCUGGACGGUUCCAGUCCCCGACCCGACGGUACAUCUUGGCUCUUGUUGCUCCAGUUUCCAAGGCUUCCAAGGAAACUAACACCCACGCUAAGCUGAAGCGAAAGCGAGAUGGAAUGACCGCGCAAGGCACCGGUACCCCAGUCGAGCUCGCUAUGACCAAAGUCGUCACUACGAUUUCUAUUCAGCCUGCCUCCGUCGCGACGGAGCUCUCCCAGUCCCUCAUCGUUGUUGCGUCGUACGAUCAGGUCCGACACAAAAUCAUCAUAGGCUCCAUGAGCGGAAUCAACUCGACGGCUGGGAUUAUGUCGCUCUCCGCGAGGAGCGCGAUCAAACAACUCAAACCUAUGAUCCAGCUAUUAGCUGACCCGGGAGCACGGCCAAAAGUGGGAGAGCCGAAAACCAUUUUUGUGCAGAUGGAAAAAGACGAAUACAAGGCUCUGCGAGAGAACAUCGAGCUCUUGAACUCCAUGUAG